AAUUAACUUACACGACAAUGUAAACAAUCUUUGCUUGGGUCCGGAUAGGACUUUUCGUAUUUUUCUAGUUUUUUGAUGUUUUCUCAUAAUUUUUUGCCAAAGAAGUGCCAAAAUCUUGGUGUAGGCUAAUUAUUUAGCGUUUAGGAAUCUGCUGAACUGGUUUUGAGGAUAAAUCAGCAACGGCGUGAACAAAACCGAAUCGAUCUCGCUGGCCGGAACGAGAAGCGAAAGAACGACGACCCUCCAAGCUGGGGACUUCAGGAGUGUAAACAUUAAUUGAGCAAGCAACCACUUGGCUGCCUUUGGUAAGUUUAAUUUGGAGAAUUGCGUGAUUUAAUUGUGAGUUAAUUAGGAAUUUUGGUUUUAGGUGUCGUGAAGGUGGUUUGAUGACGCCCAUUAUGAGCAAAGCGUGGCACCUUCGGAUCAAGCAGUACUAUACGGACCAGGUGAAGCAAAUGCACGCCGGUGAAGUAAAUGCACGAGGGCAAACAAAGAAGAGCGAGAAGAAGAAUUUGAAUGCGGCUCCGCCGCCGCCACCUACUACUAGUGAGAAGGAACCAACGACGCCGGAACCGAAGAAGGUCGUUGUCGUGGUCAUUGAAAAGCAGGUUAAGGAGGCGAAGAUUGACAUGAGGAAGCUGAUGUGGGACGAUAAACCGUUAAAGGAUGGCAAGAAGAGCAGUUGCAGUUCUAGCCAUAAGCACUUUUCGUCGUCUUCGUCGUCUCACAAAAAUCACAGCAGAAGUGGUUGAAGCAGCAGCAGUAGUAAGAAGGACAAGCACCGGUAGAACGACGAGCGGGACAAGAAUAAAGCCUGGGAUCUGCACUAGGAUCACGAUCGGGAGAGGGAAAAGGACAGUCACCGGAACAAGUACAGUUCUUCGUCGGGUAAACCGUCGAGUUCAUAAUCCUCGAAGCACCACCAUGAAGAACGCCACCGAAUGCUGUCCCACUCGUCGUCGUCCUCGGAUCGGCAUCCACACAGCGGAGCAAGUAGCCGGCGGGAAUCGACCUCGAACGUUACGAAGGACAAGGAGGUCAGCGGCAACGUCGUGAGCGUUCCAGCUCCGAUGGUUCCACCCGUCGCGGCCAAGAUCGAAAUUGAGGAGAACGUCCCAGAAGCGGCCGUAGAC